AUGGCUGUCCAUUCCAAAGAUGAGGCUUUGAUGUGUAAGGUCUUUUCGUCUAGUUUGGGCCCCGUGGCGAUGAGGUGGUUCAAUGGUUUAAGGGCGAAUUCCAUUGACUCCUUUAAGAAGCUCACCCGAGCCUUUGGCGCUCGCUUUGUUAAUUGUAGUAGGGUUCCUCAGCCUUUAGGCUCCUUAUUAUCUAUGUCCAUGCAGGACGAAGAGACUCUGAAGGCCUACUCAAAUAAAUAUUGGGAGAUGUUUAACGAAAUAGACGGAGACCAUGAUGAUAUGGCCAUUAGUACCUUUAAGGUUAGCCUCCCAGCCGAGCAUGAUUUGAGGAAAUCUCUAACUGGUAAGCCUGUUACCAGUGUGCGUCAGCUUAUGGAUCGGAUUGACAAGUAUAGAAGGGUAGAAGAAGACCAACUGCAGGGGAAAGGAAAGGCUAAGGUGAUUCCUCAGGAGAGGAAGGAUUUCAGGUCAGACCAUUACAAUAAGGCACAAUUGCACUUUUAG